AUGCAACAACAUUUUCGAUUGAAUGUUCGUGUGAUUGCCGAUGGGUUUUCUCUUUCAGUUCCAUCGCCAUCCUCGAGCAAUAACACGGACUUGAAUUCAUCACUGGGCAUUUCUCUUCUUGAGAAGGUUAAUCCAUUCUAUAGAAGGCUGCUUUUUGAUAAUAGCAAUAAUAAUCACAGACCAUCAUCAACUAUUCAAUUAUCAAAUCCUAGGAAUUUUAGAUGUAUUGUACCGGAACAAUCCUCGUUGAAUGAUGUAAAACAAACAAUAUGCAAACAGUAUCAAAUGAUUUUUUAUGAACGAUCCGAUGAAAGUACAUCCUUCGAAGAUACAACGUUCUUCACUGUAUCUCGUAUUUAUAAUGAACGAGGAAUUGAAAUGGGAUUAUGGAAUUCGCAUCUAAAAUGUUCCGAUAUCUUUAAUGAUGAACAACUAAUUUAUGUAAAGCUUGAUAGUAUGAGAAGGAAUGGAUUGAAAUUAAAAGACCAGUACACAGAGGUGACCUUGUGGUCAUCUCCCAAUUUAGAAAAAGAGAAUAGUUUUAAUUCUGUAAAUGAAAGCGAGAAAAUUACAUCCCCUUCAAAAAUUGAUUAUGAAACUCCCAAGAAGAGGAAAACAGUUGAGUCCACACCCAAUAGUAAGAAACAAAAAUUAACAAAUCCCAUUUCUGCAUACUCAAAAAAGCCUGCAACUAGUCUGGUAUCAUCAAAACUCGAGACAUCACAGCUGUCGAGUGACAAUGACCAUGAUUCUGUUGCUAGCAAUUCAGAAGACGAAAGUGAUAUCAUUUCUCCCGAAGUGACACCAAAAAGAAAGAUUACUUCAACAAGUUUGAAAAAGACCGCAACAUCAGCACCUACUGCAAAUACAACAAAACGAGAAGAAAAAGUUGUUAAAACUGAAGCUGUCAAGACUAGAUCCAAGAUAAGGCAGGAAGAGCAGAAAAAGCAAGAUAAAAAACAAACCGAGUCUAUCUACAUUUCUGAUGCAUCUGAGGAAUCAGAUGAGACGGAGGAAGAAGUCGAAGAGGAACAAGAGCAAGAACCAUCAGAUAACCAAGAAGAAGAAGAAAAUGAAAAACAAGAGGAAAAGAUUGAAAAAGAAGAUGAAAGCGAAGUCGAGGAAAAAGAAGAAAAUGAGGACAUGACUCCCGAGCAGUAUGCAAAGUAUUAUGCCAAUCUUAAACCAUGGCUGAAGGCGAAUAUGGUGAAUGGCAAAUUCAAAGAUGAUGAACAAUACCAAAAGUUUAGAGAAUCCUUCAAACUUUUAAGCUCAAAGCAUCAAGCAGAAAUUUUGGAGUACAUCAAAGAUCUUAAACGAAUUUAA